GGCAGGAGGAGGGGCGGGCCCGGCGCGGCUGCCGGCCGGCUGCUGGAGGCCCAGGGCCGGGCCCGCGCCGCGAUGGCCCUGGUGACCCUGCAGCGCUCUCCCACGCCCAGCGCCGCAUCGUCCUCCGCCAGCAACAGCGAGUUGGAGGCUGGCAGCGAUGAGGAACGGAAGUUGAACCUCAGCUUGAGCGAGAGCUUUUUCAUGGUGAAAGGAGCCGCGCUCUUCCUGCAGCAGGGGAACAGCGCUCAGGGCCAGCGGAGUCUUCAGCACCCUCACAAGCAUGCAGGUGAUUUGCCUCAGCACCUUCAAGUGAUGAUCAACCUCCUACGCUGUGAAGACAGAAUCAAGCUGGCUGUGCGUCUUGAGAGCGUCUGGACCGACCGUGUCCGCUACAUGGUUGUGGUGUACACCAGCGGGCGCCAGGACACCGAGGAGAACAUUUUGCUGGGAGUUGACUUUUCCAGUAAGGAGAGCAAAAGCUGCACCAUUGGGAUGGUUCUUCGCCUGUGGAGCGACACCAAGAUCCACCUUGAUGGGGAUGGUGGGUUCAGUGUGAGCACAGCCGGCAGGAUGCACGUCUUCAAGCCCGUGUCUGUCCAGGCCAUGUGGUCUGCCCUCCAAGUGCUUCACAAGGCCUGUGAAGUGGCACGGAGGCACAACUACUUCCCUGGUGGGGUGGCGCUCAUCUGGGCCACCUACUAUGAGAGCUGCAUUGGCUCUGAGCAGAGCUGCAUCAAUGAGUGGAAUGCCAUGCAGGAUCUGGAGUCCACGAGACCCGACUCUCCAGCCCUGUUUGUGGACAAGCCAACUGAGGGGGAAAGAACUGAGCGUCUCAUUAAAGCCAAGCUCCGGAGCAUCAUGAUGAGCCAGGACCUUGAAAAUGUGACUUCUAAGGAAAUCCGCAAUGAGCUGGAGAAGCAAAUGAACUGUAACCUGAAAGAAUUCAAGGAGUUCAUCGAUAACGAGAUGUUGCUCAUCUUGGGCCAGAUGGACAAGCCCUCCCUUAUCUUCGACCAUCUUUAUCUUGGUUCCGAGUGGAAUGCAUCCAAUCUGGAAGAGCUGCAGGGCUCAGGGGUUGACUACAUUUUAAAUGUCACUAGAGAAAUAGACAAUUUUUUCCCUGGCUUAUUUGCAUACCAUAACAUCCGAGUCUACGAUGAGGAGACCACAGACCUCCUCGCCCACUGGAACGAAGCCUAUCAUUUUAUAAACAAAGCAAAAAGAAAUCAUUCCAAGUGCCUGGUCCAUUGCAAAAUGGGCGUCAGCCGAUCUGCAUCCACGGUCAUAGCCUAUGCGAUGAAGGAAUUUGGCUGGCCCCUGGAGAAAGCGUAUAACUAUGUGAAGCAGAAGCGUAGCAUCACGCGGCCCAACGCAGGCUUUAUGAGGCAGCUGUCUGAGUAUGAAGGCAUCCUGGAUGCAAGUAAGCAGCGGCACAACAAGCUGUGGCGCCAGCAGCCUGCAGAUGACCCUGCAGCAGAGCCCAGCGAGCUCUUGCCAGAGACCCUGGAUGAUGCCCUGGACACCCGGCUGCCGUGCUUGGAUGACACCACCCAGCCCGGGCUUGCAGGAAGCCAGGCUCCAGGAGGACCCUCUCUCCCUUGUUGUUUCCGAAGACUCUCAGAUCCCCUCCUCCUCCCCCAUCACGAUGCCGCAGGCAGCCUGGUCCACCUAGAGGAUCUGGAGCGGGAUGCUCUGCUGGAGGACGCCGCUCAGCCAGUGGAGGUGCACAAACUGGUCCAGCAUUCCCAAGAAGGAGCCAGGCACUGUGAGAAGGAUGUGAAGAAGAAGCUAGACUUCGGGAGCCCCAAAGCCCGCGGUGGCUCCUUGCCACAGGCGGGGGAGAUGGAGAAGAAGUGUGACCAGAGAGCUGGGAGGUGGAGGCGGGCCUCCACCCAGCUUGACCAGGAAAACCUAAACAAUAACAACAGCAAGAGGAGCUGCCCCAAUGACUUCGAGCACAAUGCUGUGUUUGGAAUCCUCAGUAAAGUGAAGCCUUCCUACACAUCCUGUGCUGACUGCAUGUACCCUGCUGGCGGGGCUCCUGAAGCCUCCACAGAACGGCACGAAGACCCCAGUGCUCCCGCCAUCUGCACCCAGCCAGCCUUCCUGCCCCAUGGCGCAUCUUCCCCGAUGGCCCACACGAGCUGCAGGUCCCAAGCUCCAGAGAGGCUGGCCUCUGGUCCAGCCAGCGCUCCUCCAUUCCUACUACCAGCAGGCUCAAGGAAGCCAGACAUCAGUGGCUCUGGAACUGGGGCUUCCCCAGAACCACCAGCAAGCCUUCUAGAGCCUUCCAGAGAAACCUCAAAAAUCCUUCCAAAGUCACUCCUGUUAAAGAAUUCUCACUGUGAUAAGAACAUCGCCAACAUGGAAGCAAUGAAGGAAGAAUUGUCAACUAAGAAAGAAAUGAAGCCAGCUAAGGACCUGAGGCUUCUGUUCAGUAAUGAGGCAGAGAAGCCGAGCACCAAUAGCUACCUGAUGCAGCAUCAGGAGUCCAUCAUCCAGCUGCAGAAGGCGGGCCUGGUUCGAAAGCACACCAAAGAACUAGAGAGGUUGAAGAGCCUGCCUUCAGACCUACCGUCUACCUGCAGGGACAAUGCCACCAGCAGGCUGGAGGCUAGCAUCCCUGAGGAGGGCCAGGAGCCUGGACACCUAGCCCUGUGCAGCCAAGCAGGGGCUGAUGAGAAACCUCCAGAAGGAGCCUUGGUGAAGAGCCCGACUCCUACCCUCCUCCGCCUAGAUCACACCAGUAACGUCUCAAAAGACUUCCUGAAGACCGUGUGCUACACCCCCACCUCCUCCUCCAUGAGUUCCAACCUGACCCGGAGCUCCAGCAGUGACAGCAUCCACAGUAUCCGAGGAAAGCCAGGCCUUGUGAAGCAGCGGGCGCAGGAGAUCGAGACACGACUCCGGCUGGCGGGUCUCACUGUGUCGUCCCCACUGAAACGUUCCCACUCCCUCGCCAAGCUGGGAAGUCUCAACUUCUCCACGGAGGACCUGUCCAGUGAGGCUGACACUUCCACCAUCGCCGACUCGCAGGAUGCCAAGUACGGUCACUCUUCCUUCUUGCACGAACCGCAGGCCACUCCGAGGGACCCCACUGCAGCCUGUAAACCAUCAGGGAAAUCUGUCCCAGAAAACUUGAGAAGCUGAGCAGCAUUCCGCUAUGCGGGCUGAGGUUCUCACAGUGUCCUGGUCACACACGUCACACACGUCUUGAUUUGCGUUAGCUUCAGUCGUCCAGGCUUUCCUCACUCUUGCCAAAGAGCAGGGGGGACAAAGAAGUAACACCGCACACAUGAAGGAGACCCAGAACGGGCUUGGGCCACCUGGAGACUCAGCCAGGAGACACCACUGAGCCUCAAGCCCUGUCUGUGGGAAGAUAUGGACACACAGCCUGGGGCUGUGUCUUGGUUGUUAGAGUCUUGCCCACCAUGCACCAUGCCCUAGGUUUCAUCCCCAGCACCCCAUGAAACCAGGCAUGGUAGGACACCCCUAUAAUCCCAUUACUGGAGUUGGAGGCGUUUGGAAGUUCGAAGUCAUUCUCAGCUAUGUAGUGAGUUUAGACCAGCCUGGUGGAGAGAAGAUAAGUCUGUACAUACAAAAUAUUUUAAUGUGCAGCCUGUGAGAGAAGAGCCAUGGUAAUGUCGCUGCAGCCCAUGUCCCCAGCUCGUUCCUGCCCUCAAGGGAGAAUUCUCAGAUAACACAAGUUCUACCUCUGUUCUCCUGUGUGUUUUUAAGAUAGUAAUGACCCAGGCUCGUUCUGAGGAACAAUGCUGUGUCUAAAAAGGGUUUUUCCGAGAGAAUCGUGGGGGGGUUGGAGGGUGAGGUCCCCCCAAAGUGUCAAGACUUUGAACCUGACCAUCCAGGUACAGUUGUGUGACAUCAUCAGAGGAAAGCACCGAGUGGCAGUCGUCUGUGUGACCCUCCAUCCUGGCACCUACGGUGGGGAUGUGGGGUCCUCAGUCAGCUUCUAGCAUUGAGCUUCCAUCACUCCAGGCAUCGCUGAGCCACGUCUGCUGCUAACAAGACAUUGUUAUGUUUGGGAUUGGGACGAGCUCAUGUCCAUGAGGUUGUGGGUCUGGGGUGUGGAUCGUCCUACUGAGACACUGUGACCAUCCCCUGCCCUCUCACACCAGGCUUGCUAGGUGCCAUCUCUACAUCCGGUGAGAGGAAGGUCAUGUCAGUAAUGGAGUAGUGGGUCUGUUGACAAAGCCUCACAGAUGUUUGCAUGCAUCUCUUCCUGCAGGGCGAGUACUCCCUCCUGUCCAAAUGAUGCUCCCUCCUCUCCAGCUCCCCCAUACAGGCCACAACACAGGUGUUAGCACAGGUUAGCUCAGUGCAGCAGGAGGCCAGGGCUCUGGGUUCAAAUCAGGCACCUUAACUGGUGCCCAUAAAGAAGACAGUGAUGGCAGGAUGCCAGGAGGGAGGGAGGGCCUGGUUUGGUGAUUGGCAGACUAGGGUGUGCCACCCUGUGAGCUGACCAUGACUUCUCCUCUGAUUUAUUUUGUUUCUGCUGUGGAAAUGGUGUAUUGGGGGUUUGGGUUUUUUGAGAUUUUUUUUUCUGCGUAGCCCUUGGUGUCCUGGAACUCACUCUGCAGACCAGGUUCACCUAUAACUUAGAGAGAUCCACCCGCCUCUGCCUCCCAGAGUGCCCCUCCUAGGGUUAAAGACGCGCACCACCAUCACCUGGUUUGUUUGUUUUUUUUUUUUAAUUUUUUAAAUUAAAAAGUAAGGUUUUACUAUGUAGCUUUGGCUGUCAUGGCACUUUGGAACUUGCUAUGUAGACUGUAAGCCUCAAACUCAGCAAGGCUCUCCUGCCUCUGCCUCUCGAGUUUAUCUUUUUUUUUUUUUUUGGUAGAAUCCAAUUGUGCAACCCAAACUGGCCUCAGACUCCCAAGAUGCCAAGAUUACAGGUCUGAUCCCAUCCUGCCCCAGGUUUGGUUUUUACAUUUUGAAGCGUUUGUCAAGAGAUAGAUGAAGCUGGUGGCAGUGGCAUGGGCUUGUGAUCUUGCAUCAGGAGACUGAGGACUGAGGCAGGUCCUUCAUGAGUGAAAGGCCAACCUGGACCACACAGUGACCCUACCUCAAAAAUAGUAGCCCUAGCCGGGCGGUGGUGACACACACCUUUAAUCCCAGCACCCGGGAGGCAGAGGCAGGCGGAUCUCUGUGAGUUCGAGACCAGCCUGGUCUACAAGAGCUAGUUCCAGGACAGGCUCCAAAACCACAGAGAAACCCUGUCUCGAAAAAACAAAAAAAAAAAAAAAAAUAGUAGCCCUGACAGGGACGAUGUCACCUGACUCAGGCAUCUCCACAGGCCCUCCAGCUUGCAGACUGAUCAUCUGAUGCCUCAGGACUACGUGUGGUACUGCAGGGAGACAUAUUGGAAGGCUUCCUUUGCUUCUUGAAUGUCACAGACCAUAUACUUCCUCCUCAUGCCCCAAACUAUGCCAGCCUUUCCCGAUACCACUUGUGCAGAUGGAGUCCCUGUGGCCGUGACCACAGCUCUGUCCUGCAGUUGGCUGGUUCAGCCAGCUAGCUAAGCAAGACCACAAAGCCUUCGAGGACUGCCCGUGCCCCGAAAGUGGAUGGAUUGGACUUAGUGCGGCUCCCAGAAUGCCCAUCCUGGAGAAUAGCCAGCUCAUCCCCAGGAACAAGGCUAGUCUCCUCAUCGGUGCAGGGUCUUCGUGAGCCUCUCUCUCAGAGAUUCUCCCCGGCAGGAUCUAAAAAAAAAAAAAAAAAAGACAUGUAUGUUGUUUUAUAGGUAUUUGUUUUCCUACCAAUGUCAAUGGUAAGCACCUUAAAAAGUGAUUAUCCACUACUUAUUCCUAAGACCCUGUAGGCUUCUCCACAUUCCUCCAGCCAACAAAAGCAAACUUUGAAAAAGACCAACUUUAACAGAUGUCUCCAAGUUUGAUUUUGCGUGGUGGAUCAAUUUUUAUGUCAACAUAAUUCCUUAGAUUUGGUAAUGAUAGAUUUCCACCGGAUCUCUAAUCCCGUCUGUAAGGGUGGCAGGAUUCUGAAAACCACAAUUUGUCCUUUUCUGUUCAAAGAAUAAGAACAGGAGGAUGAUCAACUCAAUGGGCCUUUGACUUCAGGCAAACUGAUGUCUCUUUUAGAAGCACUGGCAUAUCAGCCAGCAGGGGGCUGCCGCCCUGUGUUGUCCCCCUCCCCAAGUCACCAGAAUGAGACCCUGGCUUGAUGGCUUUCGCUUUGGCUGGACGGUUCGAGCUAUCUGUUGUCAUGGUGGAUUGGCAUCUAAUCUAAAGGGUUCUGUGGAAUUAUCCUGCCAAACCAGGCUCACCUCCGCAGUGACAACUACACAUUGUCUUAUGAAAAGUUUGUUCUAGCCAGGCUUGAUGGCACACACCUUUAACCUCUGCAGAGGCAGGUGGAUUACUGAGUCCAGGGCUACAUAGACCCUGACCAAAAACGUUUGCUUUGUGAGCUACUCAUCCAUGCCUGGCUAAUGCUCUGUGUAUAAUCUUAGCAAAUUAUGUACACACAGAAGAGGCACAUGGGGCAAGCAGAGGGAUUUGUGUAGCGUAAGCCACUGCUGAAUUGAAUUGUCUUCAUUGAAUGAAGAGCUUUCCCCCUAGCUGGAUGCCCUAGGUUCUCAGCUACCCUCCUUGUUUCUGCUCACCUGCAUAGCCUCCCAACAGCUUGAACCUUGUGAUGGCCUCGUCUUUCCUCAACCCAGAAGGCUUCUUGAAUUGUAAGGGAGAUGGAUACUAGAUAGAGGGGGUGGGCAGUUGAGGUGCCUGAUUACAUGAGCUAAGAGCAAGGUGUCCUCUGCAUCCCCAGCCCUGUUGUCCUCGGUAGGGAGACCCCUGCCAAUCACACACGGUGCAUCCCUGUGGCUCAGCCAUGUAGGUACUCACAGGUACCUGGAGAGCUGCGCUGCUCUAGCAGAAUAUCCAGCCCUGCUAAUCUAAAGCCCUUCCCUCUGUCCCAUAGAAGCCCAGAGGGUGCUGCAGGAUGGAGCCAAAUUUGGCACAUACAACCCCAUCAGGGUAAAUACUGUGGCAUGGCACAGAAUCACCUGACCUGGUUCCCAUCCCGAGUUCCUGCUGAUGAUAAAGACCAAUGAAGGUCGAUGUUUCCCUGUCCAAAGCCCCCUGUUUUGUUAUUGUUGGGUGUGAGAAUCCACUCUGCAUGCAUGUAUGCACAUACGUUUUUGUGUGUAUACCUUGUAUAUUCGUUGUGUGUUUGUGUGUGUACGUACCCGAUCAAACCCAGUGUGUGGCAUUUCUCUCAUCACAUACUGUGUCCUCUAGCUAUGCAGUAAGUCACCCUACACUCACCUGUAGUGAUGCCACCAGGGGCCAUCUGGAGAAGGGUGACCACCUUGUCUUUCCCUUUUGCAGUAGACACCACCGUCCCUCCAGUCCCUGUCUUCGGCAGGAGUCCUAACUGCGCAGCCUCUGCUGCCCUGGCUGUUGGCCCUGCUGCAUGAGAAGAUAGCUGCCUCCUCUACACUGUAAUUAUUGUUUUACAAUCGAGUGCCUUAAUAAUCGUUUACAAAUACUGUGUAUUUAUGCGCAACUGUUCAGCUCUCAUCUGUUGUGGCUGGGUACUCUGUCUUGUCCUGGUGGUUGAGAUUAGGACUUGAGUUCCUCUCCCCCCAUUAUGUUUAUUCUGCUAUGCAGUUGACAUUUGUGGUUUGUGACUACAGAGCCUGCCAGAAAUGGCACUGUUGAGCUCCUGCAGGCCAGGUUGGCGUCAGCAAACACCACAGCCCAUGGUAGCCAAUGAAGGUGUGAUUGGUUUACCAGGCAUCUGGGAGGUGGUGCAGGCUCUGCAUCCCUGACCCACAGCCUGGUACCUCCCCCUAACCCCUCGCAGUUGAGCUCUGGGUUGUAGAAGUUUGUAAUCCCUAGUCCCCUUCACACCCCUGUUCUCCUGUCCAUAUCCUCAGCUCCUUGCAGCAGAUUGGGGGUGCAGCUCACCCCAGAUGAGCCACACCAGACCACGUCCUUCACCGUCAGAGGCUGCCGCCGGCCCCAUGCAUCACAUCACAACUUUGAUUUUUCUAUUGUUUUUAUAUUAUAUAUUUAAGAGGCAGUAUCUUUUGUACUGUGAAUUUGCAGUAGAAGCAUAGUGCACUUUUUUUUACUUCUGUUGGUGUGUACUGUAUAUAGUCUGCGUGCUUCUCGUGAUGAAAAUAAACACGU